AUGCCUUCAGCAACAGGCCAGUCCUGGGAGAAGUACCAGAAGAACUUUGCCGACGACGAGGUGGAGGAGAAGAAGAUCACACCCCUCACCGAUGAAGACAUCCAAGUGCUCAAGACAUACGGCGCCGCACCCUAUGGCGCCGAGCUCAAGAAGCUUGAGAAGGAGAUCAAGGACAAGCAGCAGACGAUAAACGAGAAGAUUGGAGUCAAGGAAUCCGACACCGGCCUCGCGCCUCCACAUCUAUGGGAUAUCGCCGCCGACCGCCAACGCAUGCAAGAAGAGCAGCCCCUCCAAGUUGCGCGAUGCACCAAGAUAAUACAGGACGAGAAGGACUCGGACAAGAGCAAAUAUGUCAUCAACGUCAAGCAAAUCGCCAAGUUUGUCGUCAAUCUCGGAGAGCGCGUUUCACCCACGGAUAUCGAAGAGGGCAUGCGCGUGGGUGUUGACCGCAACAAGUACCAGAUCCUCCUUCCUCUGCCACCAAAGAUAGACCCUUCGGUUACUAUGAUGACAGUCGAGGAUAAGCCCGAUGUAACGUACGGAGAUGUGGGAGGAUGCAAGGAGCAGAUCGAGAAGCUACGUGAGGUUGUCGAGAUGCCGCUGUUGUCGCCAGAGCGCUUCGUCAACCUUGGUAUUGACCCCCCCAAGGGUGCUCUUCUGUACGGCCCACCAGGAACGGGAAAGACGCUCUGCGCGAAUUUUCUAGCUAACGUAAAGUUGUAUUUCAUACUACUUUUAUGUCGUGUAGUGUUAUAG